AAGCUCACGCCACUCGAGGAGCAAGUCAGUCAAAUACAAGCAGCAAACCCAGAUACGAUGCUGCUCGUUGAAGUUGGCUACAAAUUUCGCUUCUUUGGCCCAGAUGCGCAGCAAGGUGCAGAGAUUCUUGGCAUCGCUUGCUUCAUGGAUCAUGCCCACCUCACCGCCAGCUUUCCCGUGCCUCGACUUGAUAUCCAUGUACAUCGUCUCGUCAAGGCUGGCAAAAAGGUUGGCGUCGUACGCCAGAUGGAAACGGCUGCUCUCAAGGCAGCAGGGGAUAACCGGAACACAACGUUUGAGCGGCGUCUUUGCGAGGUCUACACACAAGGCACGUAUUUGGACCAUACUGACAUGGGUGGGUGGAUUCUAGCCAUUGCCGAGGAUGUAUUGCCAGAGGACGAGGCACAGGACGGCGUCGGCCAGCGUGCGCAAGUUGACUUGGCCAUUGUCGCUGUGCGCGUUGAAUCGAGUGAAGUCGUGUACGACACAUUCACGGAUACUGCUAUGCGGCAUGAAUUGGAACGGAGGCUGCAGAUGCUUGAUGUAAAAGAGGUCUUGGCGGUCGGGGAACUAUGCUCCAAGACGCGUCGCAUCCUUGGGUCUGCUUCACUCAUCUCUGCAAAGCGUGAAGCCGAGCCAGAUGAUUUGCCCGAAGCCAUCAGAUCGUGUCUCGCAGCUCUCAAGUUGUACUUGGCCGAGUUCAAGCUUGCGACGGUCAUGACGACCCCAUUGAUUCCCUUUGAAAGUAAGCUGUCCAUGCAGCUUCCAGCGACCACAAUCGCUAGCCUCGAGCUGUUUCACAACUCAGUAGAUGGGGCCAAGUAUGGCACGCUUUUUUGGAUGCUGGACCACACACGUACCUCGCCUGGCAAGCGUUUGCUCCAUUCUUGGAUUGCACGACCACUAGUUCAUCUACCUACUUUGAAGGAGCGUCAAAAGGCAGUCAGCGAGCUAGUCAACGCCAAAGGCACGCAGUUUGUGCAGUCAGAAAAGCUUCUUGGCGUGCUCAAACGUUUACCAGACCUGGAUCGCAGCUUAUCCAAGAUCCUUUAUGGCAAAGCCUCUAGACCAGAAGUCCUGGCCAUGCUGAAAGGUUUUCAAUUGCUUGGCCAAUGCUUCGAUGCGAGGGAGGCGUUCGCAUUUGACGUGCUCAACGACAAGCUCUCCGCUUUGCAAACAGCUGCGCUGGUCGAGUCUUUUCUUGGGGAAAUUGACGAGAAGAGAACGCUGCAGGACGACAAGUUUUCCAUGUUCAAAGAGAGUGAUGCUCUUGAUGGUAUCUCCGAUCACAAACUGGGCAUCCUCGCUAUCGAGACUGAACUAGAAGAGCACCUCGAGGAGAUUAAGGCAACGCUCAAAAGGAAGCACGUAGACUAUGUCUCUGUCGCCGGUAUCGAUUACCUCAUCGAGCUCAAGAAUGAUGCCUGCAAGCUCGUCCCUAAGGAAUGGAAAAAGAUGUCAGGCACCAAGUUUUGCUCACGCUUUCAUACGCCGCGCAUCACAAGACUGGUUGCUGAGCGAGACCAGCGUAAAGAAAGUCUCGCCAUGGAAUGUGACGCCGCUUUUGCAGCAUAUAUGAAGCGCAUUGCUGAGCACUAUGAUACGCUGCGCUGGAUUGUGAGUUGUGUUGCAGAACUCGAUUGCCUACAGAGUCUCGCAUCCGUUUCCCGAACGCAAGGCUACGUUUGUCCAGAUUUGCUGGAAGGCGCACCCAUGCUCGACUUCAAGAGUUCAUCCCAUCCAAUCCUGCAACGAAUUGUUGAUGCCUUUGUUCCAAACGACAUCAGCCUCUUGCCUGGCAAAGAGAAAAGUACGCUUCUUAUCACGGGUCCAAACAUGGGAGGCAAAUCGUCCUUUGUCAAGCAGGUGGCACUGUUGACCAUUCUUGCGCAGAUUGGAUGCUAUGUGCCCGCAGAGUCUGCAAAACUGACGCUGGUUGAUGGCGUCUAUUGUCGCAUGGGUGCCAGCGAUUCACUGGCCACGCGUGAAAGUACGUUCAUGGUCGAACUGCACGAGUGCGCCGAUAUUAUGAAGGCCGCUACUGCCAAAUCGCUGGUCAUUCUAGAUGAAGUCGGUCGAGGCACUAGCACGAUGGAUGGUCUUGCUGUGGCAUAUGGUGUCUUAUCCCACUUUCUUCAAUUGAAGUGCCGCACGCUGUUUGUGACGCAUUAUCCCAGCCUUGGCGACGUUGCGCAGGAAAGGCCUGGCUUGCAAUGUUGUUACAUGGACUACGUUGAGGCUAAUGGCAGCAUCACAUUCCUCUACAAAUUAGCUGCCGGUAUUGCUGCUCGCUCAUAUGGCCUCAACGUUGCCAAGCUUGCUGGUCUGCCAGAAUCUCUCUUGGCUCUUGCCGACAAGAAGGGGAAAGAAAUGGAAGAGGCGUUGGCGAGUCGAAGAGACUGGCAGUUUGCAAAGAGCUUGCUC